GGAGAACCUCUCGAAAACGUGCUCUGCUAUGUUGUCGAUCCCGAAAUCAAUUCGCUGUUGCCGAUUGGCAUUUAUGGCGAGCUUUGGAUUGGAGGUGUACAAGUUGCGCGUGGCUACUUGAAUCGACCUGAGCUGACGGCCGAACGCUUCGUUCCCAGUCCCUGGUCCACAAUCGAGCUUGGUCGUGGGAUUGUCUACCGGUCUGGAGAUUCGGUGCGUUGGUGCAUCGAUGGGGAGCUCGAAUUCGCUGGUCGCAUAGAUUUCUAA